AUGAGCAGUGCAAGCCCGCGGAAGUCGAUCGACAGUUUGGCCUCAGCCACCUCCACCCCGUCCAUCUCGCAGUAUUCGUUCACGCAGCAUGAAUCCCCCCGUUCGGCUCCGUCCCAGCGGUAUCUUCCCCGGCGGUCGUCCACCGCGAGUUCGAUUGUCAGCAUUGGCGGGAUCCUUGACACUUCCCAGCAUCAUGGAUCAAUAGCCGAGUCAGGUCAGAAUGCCAUCUCUACCUUGCUUCAACCUCCUAUCGUCCGAACCGGUCUCGUUCCCCACACUGCAGUGCCCUCGAGUGGAUAUAAGCCGCCAUCUACCAAAGACAUUCCUCCGGUGACGCUGACGAACAUACCGCGUGUGGAAUCGAAGGCGUUUCAGCAGUAUCUCAGUCAAGUUGGAUCGUUGUACGAUGCCUUCCAACGCGCGAAAGAAGGCGGCGAGGAGGGCGAUUCUCAGUUGGUACGAGGCAGUAAGGCAGGCAUCGUCAAGACCGAUGAGUUCGAGACCUUGAAAGCGCAUUCACGGGAGCGACAUGAACGGCGUUAUUCUGGAAUGUCCGCGAGCUCUCGCGCCACUUCACCAUUUGAUGCGCGGGGAAGACGACCCUAUGGCGGACGGGGAAGGGCCCCUCAAAUCGUGGCUCCUCUCUCGACCAUUCCCAAUGUAUACUUUGAGGAAGACUUCCAUCUAGAGAAUCCGCGCACCUUUGAUGUUGUCUCCGAAAGGUCUGAAGUGGUCCGACAACCAUCGAGGCCGCCAGCUCAGGAGAAGACUGCCAAUGGAGAAACGGUGGAGCCAGCCAGUACUGGCAGAAAGGCGCUAGCAACGAAUGCGAUUCUCCAAGAGAAGCUCUCUUGGUAUAUGGAUACGGUAGAAAUCCAUCUCAUCUCAUCGAUUUCGACCGCCUCCAAGUCCUUUUUCACUGCCCUGGGGUCACUACGCGAACUCCACGCAGAGGCUGCCGAUUCCGUUAAAAGGAUACAGGCCCUGCGGAAGGAUCUUCAUAAGAUUGACAAGGAGAUGGCCAUGGGUGGGCUCAAAGUAGUCAAUCUGCGCCGCCGCAGGGAGAACGUUCGGAAGUUGGCCGAUGCAGUGGCUCAAUUACAUGAAGUGGUAGAGUCUGUGGCUGACUGCGAAGAACUGGUGGAAAAGGGAGAAAUUGAGGAGGCUAUGGAGGCGUUGGACGAGGUGGAGAGGCUGAUGGCCGGGGAACAGGUUUCCAGACGGCGAGGUAAAGACGAUUCUGCACAAGAGGAGCAGAGGCAGAAUAUCGACUUGAGGGGCCUGAAGGCCUUGCAAGGAGCUUCUGAGGACCUCGCGAAGCUCCGACAACGAAUUGGGAUGGGCUAUGAAAGCAGAUUUUUGGACGCCUUGUUGGGCGAUUUGCGACGACACGUCAGCAGUGUCUCCCCGGACGUGACGCUACAGCGCUGGGGAAUGUCCUUCCAUCGGGUCCGGGGUGGCCAGCGGCCGCCAUCAGUCUCUCCUGCAUACAUGUCUUUUGAUGAUCAGCUGAGAUCCAGACUGCAUGUGGAGCUCAUGGGUCUGGGUAGAGCUCACUACACGAUGCCUGCAGCGACUUCCUUCAAGAACGCGGUACUGCGGGAGAUGAAAGGGCUGAUUCGCAGACAUCUUCCCAACUCAAGUGACGAUGACAAUGAGUCGAUGGUGUCUGCGUCUACGCAUGGCGGGCGACAGUUGAGCCAGCAGGAGAAGUCGUCAAUCCUCGCACGGAAUCUACGGGCGCUGGAGCCUGGCGAUGCGUAUGAUAUGCUGAAGCAAAUAUAUACGGGUGUCAGUGAAUGUCUGAGGAGACUCAGCGUCCAGGUCAAGGUUCUUCUGGACAUUACCAGCGGUCUUGGAGCUCAGUCGGGCGUCCGAUCGCCACCGCGAAGUCCAGAACCGCAAAGCUUGGAUGAUGUGGUAGAGUCGACAAAGAAAGGAAGGGCUGCAGAUGUCGUCGCCGCCCAGGAGGAGAUCCUUCAAGUGCUGGACAUGUCUAGUCUGCUGGGUCAGGCUGUCGAUAUUGUCCAGUCUCAGAUCGUCAAGGUUCUCAAGGUGCGGUCGGAGCAGACUUCACACCUUCCUCUGGAAGAUUUCCUGAAGUACUUUAGUCUCAACCGGCUCUUCGCCGAUGAAUGCGAGGCGAUUUCUGGUCGGAGCGGCACCGCGCUGAAGACGGUGGUUGAUAAUCAGAUCCGAGACUUUAUUGUCAGGUUUAGCGACAACCAGCGCCAUCGCAUCGUGGAGGUCAUGGAUUCGGAUAAAUGGGACGCCAAAGACUUUGGCGACGGAGAAAACCGUACACUUUCCAGGAUCCUUCGCGCGAGUACGGCAGACGUUGAUGCGUGGCUGCAGGCCUCGAAGAUCUGGUUACGGCCAGAAGAUAUACCGGAGGAGGCUGCGCCAGAAAACGGCACGGCGAUCAACGGCUCUGGCAAAGACAAGGUCAGAACGGCCACGUUUGACGAGCAGCGAUACAUCCUGCCAGAAUCAGCUUUGACGAUUAUGAAGAGCAUUGAAGAGUUUGAGUGUCUCACGGCCAACAUCCCUAGUAUGGCGCAAGAGAUCGGGUCCAAUCUCGUGGAGUGUCUAAAACUCUUCAACUCACGCUCGUCACAGCUAAUUCUUGGUGCGGGGGCCACGAGAAGCGCAGGGUUGAAAAACAUCACCACCAAGCAUCUGGCGCUGUCGUCGCAGGCUCUGAGCUUCAUCAUCGCAUUGAUACCGUAUGUGCGUGAAUUUGUGCGCCGGCAUUCGUCGUCGAGCCAGCUGAUUGCCGAAUUCGACAAGGUCAAACGGCUCUGCCAGGAGCACCAGAAUGGCAUCCAUGAGAAGCUGGUGGACAUUAUGAGCUCUCGGUCGGCGAGCCAUGUCGCUGCGAUGAAGAAGAUCGACUGGGACACGAAGGAGGCCGGCACGAGCGGGUACAUGGAGACGUUGACGAAGGAGACGGCGACGCUGCAUCGGGUCCUGGCCAGGCAUUUCCCUGAAAUGACGGUAAUGAUGAUUAUGAAUCCGGUUUUUAGCAACUACAAGGAGCAGUGGACCAAGGCGUUUCAGGAGGCGACGGUCAAGACGGAAACGGGGAGACAGAGGAUGCUGGCCGACGUUGAAUUCUUCAACUCGAAGAUCUGCAAGAUCGACGGGUCUGGGGACUUGGGCGAGCACCUGAUUCAGGUGGUCAAGGCCAAGACGAUUACGCCGGAGCCGAACGGGUCGUCGUCGUCGCCAGAGACUGAAAAGGCGGGUUCAUGA